AUGGGCGGCGCCGGGCCGCCGACGUCGUCGUGGCGGGCGGUGGCGGCGGCCGCUGUGGCGCUGUGGCUGGUCCCGGCGGUCCUGGCGCUGGCUGUCCUCUGGCUGCCGCUGCUCUGCUGCGCCGUGGCCGCCGUCCGCUUCCUCAGGGUCAGGAGGAAGCUCGUGGCGGCCAGCAGGAGGAGAUCAUCGCGUGGCUGCUGCGACGGCGGCGAAGGCCGCGGGGCGGAGGAGAUCACGAUGGUGGAUGAUGUCGGAGGCCGGCUCCGGCUCAGGCUGCUGCAGCAGUACCUCGACGACCAGAUGGAGCUCGUCGUAGGAGGAGCAGGCCACGAGGAGCAGGAAGAAGAUGGAGCCUCCGCUUGUUGA